GGAAGGGGGCCCUGCGUCAAGGGUUGCAGAUGCAGUUCUGAUGAACUCUUCAGACGGUCUCAUGAACUUCUUGAAAGGAGACAGCUUGGCUGAGAAAUUUCUCCACAUAGAGAGGGAGCAGACCGUACGCCUGAAGGAGCUCACCUUCCUUGACCCUGUCCAGUAUGUGUACAACCCGCUAGAUUAUGCCUGGGAACCCCACCAAGACUAUGUGCGUAAAUAUUGUCAGUCGCAGAAAGACGUGCUCUUCCUUGGGAUGAACCCGGGGCCCUUUGGCAUGGCCCAGACUGGGGUGCCCUUUGGAGAGGUGAAGCUUGUCCGAGACUGGCUUCAGGUACGUGGAGAGGUGUUUCGGCCAGCGUGUGAGCACCCAAAAAGACCAAUCCGGGGCCUGGAAUGCCCCCAGACGGAGGUGAGCGGUGCCCGCUUCUGGGGCUUCUUCCGUUCUGUGUGCGCUGAACCCAAGGUGUUUUUCCACCACUGUUUUGUUCACAACCACUGCCCGCUGCUCUUUAUCAGUCAGAGUGGACGCAACCUGACCCCAGCGGACCUGCCAGCUGCUCAGCGGGAACAGCUCAUGCAGGUCUGUGACGAUGCCUUGUGCGAGGCUAUAAAGUUAUUGGGCGUGGCUAUGGUGAUCGGCGUGGGACGCUUUGCCGAACAGCGGGCCCGCAAAGCCCUGUCGGCCGCUGGCAUUCCAGUGCGAGUAGAGGGAGUGAUGCAUCCGUCGCCGCGCAACCCCCAAGCGAACAAGGGCUGGAAUGCCAUCAUCAGUGCAAAACUGGAGGAACUCGGUGUGAUGAGCCUGGUCACCAACUGCUGAUCUGUUGGUGGAAUCAAGAUCCAGAAAAUAACUGGAUUUCCCUUGCAGCUUGGGACACGUUUCUAAUGAGAUAGCUGUGGGUUUGAGAACCUAGAAGACUACCGUUGAUGCUACCUCCAUUUUUUAUUUUGCUUCCAUUUACACUACAGUUCUUUGCAUUUCUGAAAUCUACUUCUUCAGAAGGUCCCAAAACUGGACCUUCUCUGGGAUUUGGGUUUCGAAUCCAUUUCUAUAUAUGUUGGUGCUAAAUCUUAUUGAAAGUGAUUUCUGGCAUCUCUCAGUAGUGCCUCACUGCCCAGUCCGGUGUCAUUGCUUCUUCUGGGUUCUCCAGGUUCGAACUCACAAUAGCUAAGCCAAGUGACUAACCUGGCUGCCCAUCUUGAUCCCAUGUUCUGACUAUGAGAAAAAGCAGUGAGCUUCUCUCUCCGGGUACAUUCCUCUUCUGAUCUGUGCUCUCAGGACUUCCUACUUGGACAUCAAAUCUCUUAACAAGGCAGGUGGCUCAAAAGCCAGUCUGCUCUUCUCCAGAAAGACCCAUAAGGCUGAAAGAUCCCUUCCUUUCUCCACCCACUUCUGAAGAACAGCAACUUGUUAGCAAAUGGACAGAGAAGAAGAAGGCCUUUGGAGAAAGGAGAAAUGCUGUCCUUUGAUGCCCCUGAGCUAUCCUUCUCAAACAUGGAAGGAUGUGUGGUUGGAUUGAAGAGCGUUGCAGGGGGAAGUCGGUUCCUCUUUAAUGGAGUUUCCACUUCCACCAACACAGAGCCCUAAACAGAGACUGCCUUCAGUUUGUCCUGGAAAACAAACUGUCAUAAAUGCACCCUUGUUCUCCCCGUUCUGGAACAGAUGACGGAUUUUGCAGCUCUGUCCCAUGGUGGGGCCAUUUGCUUUUGACAGUAAGGGCCAGCAUGUGCAGAACGAGCGCGUUGAAAAUGUGGGAUGUGUAGUGAAUCAUGCAGGCUCAAGCACGUUCCGAAGCAGUCCAACUUUCCAUUCCGCCGUACCCUUGCCAUGCUGUUGCAGAAUCAACUUUUGGCAGCUUUAGGGUAGUUGCGGGUAGAAUUGAAAGCUCAGAAUGCACAGACUUUGCUGGUGCGGCCAUGCGAAUUGGCAUUCGCUCUGAACAGAAUGGGAUUGUUCCCUUGUGGCUUCAAGAUGUCACUACAUACAUGACCUUGGUUGUCCUUGUGUGAUUUUGCCAUGGUAGGGCUGCCAGGUCCCUUGAGUCCUCCAGUGGGAGACCGGGAGCCUGACACUUGCAAUAUGGUGGCUUCAGUGUCUUUCCGGCAUGCAUGAUGACAUCACUUCUGGGAAGUGAUGUCAUCAUUCGGGUCAAAGGGCAGCCCAGGAGCGCUUGAAUUGCCCCCUCACGGGCUCGUUUUGGUCCCAAACGGGCCCGUUGUGGGGCAUGGAAGCAUGCUGCGGUCAGGCAUGGGGGCACGCCACGCUGCCCAGGGGUGUGCUGUGCUGCCAGGGGGCACCCCGGGGAGCACCCCCCCACUGGCCAGGUAAGUGGGGGCAGGGGGAGGAUGUGGGAGCAACAGAUGCCCUGCCCCAGAUGAGGGAAUGGCAAGCCUAUGCAAUGGCAUUCUGCGGCCAUAAGCGUCUGCAGUCGUCAGCAACCCGAUUCUGAUGGCAGAGCCAUGUCUUUGCGGGGCCAGAUGAGAAUCCACAUCUACUUCUUUGGAAGUAAAUCUGCUCAGGCAGUUUGGAGUUUCUUUAUUAGGAAGUGGGAUACCUCUUGCAACAUAGCUGGACUUUUAAAGGGAGAUUAUCAUCUUCUCCUCUUUAAAAGUUGUGUGGCCAACUUUUGUGCUAGAUUUUCUUUGACCAAUUUUAGAGCAGUAGAAAAGAGCAAGAUUUUUGUUCGUCUUAGAGGUGCUACUGGACUCUUGCUCUUUUCUGCUGCUACAGACAGACUAACACGGCUACCCAUCCUGAUCAAUUUUAGAGCAACAGCGUUAAAUAACACUACGAUUUAUACAGAGCCAGGGUGGAUUAUUUGUUGUUUAGUUCCAUUGGGGGCAGGGGCAAGGGGUGUUAGUUGAAGUGUGCAGAAAUCAUGAUUAGUUUCAAGUUCUUGCAUCUCUAGUUAAAAGUAUCUUGGGGCCUAGUUUAGAUAGGAUGGUAGCAGGCAGCCCUGCUUUCUUAAAACCUAAGUUUGUCCCAAUCAUAGGCAAAGCAGGAGUGAGGAUUUUUAAAUCCUCAGCCGCCCUGAGCCCAUCUGUGGGGAGGGCGGGGUAUAAAUAAAUAGAUAAAUAAAUAAAUAAAUAAAUAAAUCAGAAGGGAUACAGAUGCUUUUCUCCAGUUUGUUGGCUCUUCUUUCUCAUGUGUUCUUUCUGCCCUAAAACAUUUCACAUUAUACAUUAGGGGCUGGUAUCAUUUCAUAACCCAAGAGCCAAGCGUUUGUCAAAACUCAGAGCAAGAGCACAACAGAGAGCCAGAUGAGAAAGCCCACUUGAGUAACUGAAAUGAUGUGGUUUAACAUUACUUGAUUUUGACACGUUGGUUAAUAGUUAAUGGGUUUCUGCAGCCCAAACACUACUUGUUGUGAGUCCUUUAGUAGGAGUUGUCACACGUGAGGUUGUGCAAUACAAUAAUCAAUAUACACAGGAGCCCAAUUAUUUUAGGGCAGUGUCAUAAAUCUGCACGUGGUGUGCACUGAGAUUACUGGCAACCAUUCACAUCUAUCAUUUUCCUUUCUCUAAAGCAUUUCUAAAAAGCCCUUCAGUCUCAUAAUAAUCUUUGCCAGCCAUUGCCUUCAAAUACUAGUUCUUCCAGCAUCCCACCUACCCUGCCCAUAUACUUAAAGAGUUUGUUUUCUUUUUUUAAAAAGCCAUCUUUGGCUGUGUAGAGAACCAGAUUUGGCUCUAGAGCCACAGUUUGCAGACCUCUUUUAUACAUCAUUGGGGCAGAUUUGGAUUUAAUCAAAUGGAGUCUACUGUUGAUACCUUUAGUUCGGCCCUUGGGUAGCAGGGCUAGGGACAGACUGUGCCCGAGAUAAUGAAGAGCCGUUACAAUACUGGGUGAGUGGGCCAGUUUAAGGUGCAGUUUAAGGUCGAGUUACAUGUUCCAAGGAUGUUCUUCAUCUAAAGGAAGCUACUUGUGAAUGGGUUGGGGUUGGGCAGCCACAAGCUCUCCCCCAGGUGGGAGGAUGGCAGGUGUCCCACAUCCGGGGCUGGCUGCAGCCGACCCAGACAGUAUGUUUCUUUUUCUUUUCUAAUGAAAUCCUGCAAAAUUUUGUUUGAUAUAAGCUUUGUUAUGUCAUGUUUUCACUAAUUUGUAUAUGUUUGUAUUUGUAAAUUUGUAAGUUUAAAUAUAUAAAAACCAUUUUCUAUGAUGUGA